AUGGAAAGAAGAGCCCUGGUAUCUUCUAUGAUUGUAGUGUUGGCUAGUUUUAUCAUAAUUCAAGUUUAUGGAGAGAAUUCUUGGCCAGUUGCUCGGUUUUCUGGUGGUCGUUAUCAUGACCAAAUGCAAAAAAUGGAAGCGUAUAAGGCCUCACUCCUUCGACGUGAUUUGAUUUCUCUCUCACCUAGCCCGAUAUCUCCAUCGUCUAGCUUUGCGCCAUCGCCAUUGCCAUUGCCAUCGCCAUCGCCAUCGCCAUCGCCAUCACAGUCGGUUACACCAAGUCCACGUGUGUAUCACGUGACAUCCUACGGAGCAGACCCAAGUGGGCAAACAGACAGUACAGAAGCACUUCUUGCAGCAAUGUCAGAUGCACUUAAUGGUCCUAGCAAUGGCUUCUUGAUGGAAGGUAUUGUUAAUCUUGGUGGUGCACAGGUUAAUCUUGAAGGUGGAACUUACAUAAUUAACCGUCCCCUUCGGUUUCCGGUGGCCAGCCGAGGUAACCUCAUGAUACAUGGAGGAACCCUAAAAGCUUCGAACAAUUUCCCUACUGAAGGAUAUUUGCUUGAUUUAUCAGCUACGAAUGGCUCCGACGAAUACAACUAUGAGUACGUAAGCUUCAGAGACCUAAUGUUGGACUCUAAUUACAAGGGUGGAGGCAUCCAAAUUAUAAACUCACUUAGAAUUAGCAUUGAUAACUGUUACAUUGUCCAUUUCACCACAAAUGGUAUCUUAGUCCAAGGUGGUCAUGAGACCUACAUUCGGAACUCGUUCUUAGGCCAACACAUCACUGCCGGUGGUGAUCUUGGCGAAAGGAACUUCUUCGGAACUGCAAUAAACCUUAUGGGGAAUGACAACUCUGUCACCGAUGUAGUUAUUUUUUCUGCUGCAAUUGGAAUAAUGGUGUCUGGUCAAGCCAACACUUUUUCCGGGGUACAUUGCUACAAUAAGGCCACCAAUUUUGGUGGUAUUGGGAUAUACCUAAAAUUGCAAGGAUUGACACAAACCAGGAUUGUGAAUUCCUACUUGGAUUAUACUGGAAUUGUUGCUGAAGACCCUGUACAACUUCACAUUUCGAGCAAUUUUUUUCUCGGUGAUGCAUAUAUUCUCCUCAAAUCAAUAAAUGGGGUCGUGAAUGGGGUGAAUAUUGUUGAUAACAUGUUUUAUGGAUCAUAUAAAGGGGUUGAAAUUGUUCAGUUGGAUCAAACAAAUGGGGCUUUCAAAAAGGUUGAUCAAGUUGUUAUUGACAGAAAUAAUGCAAGAGGUAUGGAAGUUAAGGCCACGGUUGCAAGAGGAACUGUGCAGGGGAACGGUAGCUCAUGGACAAUUGACCUCAAUUCAAUUCUUCUAUUUCCAGACCUUAUAAAACAUAUAUUAUACACAUUAAGCACAAACAGAGGUUCAUUUCCUAGGCAUUCUUUGAGGAAUGUAUCGAUGAACCGGGUUUUAAUUGAGUCGGAUGUUGCAGUUCCUGCCACUGUUUUUGUCGUGGCGGAUCAAGGAAAAUCACAUUUGAGCUAA